AUGUCAAGUGAUUCAAUGAGUCAGUCUAUAAGUGAUGAAGAUAGCGAUUUCGAUAUGGAUGUUGAAGAAGGAACUGAAGUAGGUAGUGUCCAGGUCUCCGUUCAAGAACCCCAAAAGCCUCAAAAUAUAAAAGCAGCUAAAAAAGAAGAAUCUCCUGAAAGCAGUGAAGAUGAUUUCAGUGAGGAUGAAAAUGAUAUCAAGAAAAGUCCACCUGCAAUCCUUAAGAAUGACUUACCUAAAAAUAAUGAUGCAGUAAAAGAACCCAAACAACCCAUUCCACAAAACAAGCAAUCAUCUAUAAAAGAAAAGCCUAAAGAAUCUCCCCCUAGCCUUAACAUCAAUAAAAAUUCUUCAAAGAAAAUAAUUCCUCCCAAAUCUCCUCAACCUGCCGCAAAGGACAAUAAUCUUGAAAAAUCUAAAGAAGCUGUUAAAAAAUCUCUAUCCCAUUCAGAGCUCGAUUUUGGCGACAUUGUCACCCAAAAAAGUGAGCAUAAAGAAAAUAUUGACGUUGAUGAGCGAUUUUACAAGUACCAAGAAAAAGUCAAAGAAAAAGUUGAUAAAAUUGCUAAAGACCUUAACCAAGAAAAAUUCAAAGAAUGCACAUUUAAGCCGACAAUUAAUGGAGAAGGAAGCAAAAGAAGUAUCGAUGAGUUUGUAAGCGAAAUGCAAAACUAUGAGAAAAGAAAGCAGGAUAAAAUUAAUACGAAGAGAGAAGAAAAUAUUAAGACGCAGAGUUUAACUGAAAGGAAUUUCCAGCCUGCUAUAUGUGAGAAGUCUUUGCAGAUUUUGGCACAAAAAGGAGAAAGCAGUGAGCCUGUGCAUGAGAAGCUGUUUAAAAUGAAAAAGAGCGAGAGUAGUAAGCAAGUUAAGAAAAUAAAAGAAGAACAAGAAAAAAUAGAGAGCUCGCAGUUUAAGCCAACUUUAAAUCCGAAAUCUCAGAAUUUAAUAAGAGCAGAUUCAAUAGAAAAAAUUCUAUAUGAUGACGCUGUAAGAAGAAUACAUAAAGAACCAGAAGGCCCGACUCUUCAAAAGGAAAAAUUCAUAAGCAGCAAAUCAGAACAAGUUUUGAUUAUAAAAUUCAAAAAAGAAUUUGAAGAAGCAUUCAGCUAUCUAGACUCAGAUAACCAAGAUAAAUUAAACUACUCAAAUACUCUUAAUUUGCUACAAAAACUGUUCUUUAUUAAAAACAGCCUAGAAAACCCUAAAAAUGAUGAAGAAAAGCUUCUUGUCCUAAAAAUGUGAAGGCUUCUCGGUGGUAAUGACAGCGAAUUUAUUACAAAACGGAAUCUUGAAAUUUUUACGAUGGGUCUUAUGAAUUACUAUCAUCCCCAAAUGAGUUCAACAAUAGAUCAAUCUUCUUCAAUUACAAGCUCUAUAGGCAGAUUAGUAGAUGGAGAGUUUGCAUUAUUUGAAGAUGAAGUUGCCAAGCUCCAUCGCACAUUUUUUAUGUUCUACAAUAAUAGAGCUCAGCAGACUCAGCAUUCAAAUGUGAAUCCGACUUAUAAAAAUAAAGUAGAAUACUCAUUUCAUCCUCAAAUCAACAAUAGCAGUAAUAAACUCGCAGAUGGGGCAAGACUGAAGAGGACAGAAAGCUUAGGCUCUAAAACAACCCAUGAAGAUUAUCUAAUUUCAGAAAGACAAAAAAUUGAUGAAAAAAUAAAUAAACUUAAAAAAGAAUAUGAGCAAGAAAACCGCAAAGAAUGCACAUUUAAGCCUAUGAUUAAUAAAAAGCCAGGGUAUAAAAUGGCUGAAAAAACACAGAAAGACACGAUUUCUGAAGAAUAUAAAAAAAUAAGUGAAGAUCCUAAUGAGCACAGAUCAAUAGCACUUUACAACCUUUCAGAAGUAGAAAGAAAGAGAAAAGAACAGAUAUUUCGAACUGCUGAGGAAAUGGAAAUUGAAAAAGAGCAGGCUGAGUGCACUUUUAGGCCUAAUCUAGAAAAACCUGUUAUUAGUAGCAGUACAGAUGUGUUGAAGAAAAAAGGAGUAGCAGAAACAGUAAAUCGUAUGAGAAAAGCAAGAGAAGAGCAAGAACUCAUAAAAAGUAUGAAAGAAAGAGGCUUCACUAACAAAGGUGAGCUAAAGCCUUUGAACUCAGAUAGUGAAAGGCCAAAGUCAUCACUUUCUCAUUCUCAGUCCCAAACCCUUGCAAAGCCGCCAUUACCGUCUAGCAAGUUCAAGCAGCAAAGAGAUUCACUUAAAAUCCUAAAGCAGCAACAAUCCGAGACAAAUAUAGAAAAAUAA